UGAAAUACAGACGCUUGACGCAGAAGAAGAAAUGCGGAAGUGGGCACGGUGUAAACAAUCCAGUCAUCCAAGCGGUGUUGCGAAUGAGAUCACCUGUUUGAAGUGUUAAACGUGUGCGGGCUGUCUGUGGCCACCAUGCCUUAUCUGGGCAGUGAGGACACCGUGAGGGAGCUGAGGAGAGCUCUGUCCAACCCCAACGUCCAUUCUGACCACCUGCGCUAUAGGAACACCGUCCUCAAAGUCAUCAGGGCAAUGUCACAGGGUUUGGAUGUAUCCGGCCUGUUCAGUGAAAUGGUAAAAGCGUGUGCUACAGUAGACAUAGUUCAGAAGAAACUGGUCUAUGUCUUCCUAUGUUCCUACGCCACUUUAAACCCAGAGCUGUCUCUGCUGGUCAUCAACACACUGAGGAAAGACUGUCAGGAUCCUAACCCCAUGGUCCGCAGCCUGGCCCUGAGGAACAUGACCAACCUCAGGUUACCCAGUCUGGUGGAGUAUGUGGAGCAGCCUCUGACAGCAGGACUGAGGGACAGAGCAGCUUGUGUGCGACGAGUGGCGGUACUUGGCUGGGCCAAACUACACAAUCUCCAAACCAACUCUGAGAUAGAUGCUGCAGUGGUAAACGAGCUGUACAGCCUGCUGAGGGACCCUGACCCAGUGGUAAUGGUGAACUGCCUCCGAGCACUGGAAGAGAUCCUGAAGGAGGAGGGAGGAGUCGCAAUUAACAAACCUAUCACCCAUCACCUCCUCAACAGACUAAAGGAGUGUGACAUUUGGAGUCAGUGCGAGGUCCUGAGAAUCCUCCAGCGCUACCGGCCUCAAUCAGACGACGAGCUCUUUGACAUCCUGUCCCUGCUGGACACGUCCCUGGUCAGCCCCCACUCCCCAGUCAUGGCUGCCACCCUCAGCCUCUUCCUCAGCCUCUGCUCUGGCCUGCCUACUGUCAGACUGGCGGCCCUGGAGCGAGUACGCGGACCCCUGCUGGCCACCUGUGGGAGCGUGUCCAGAGAGAUGAGGUUCACUGCCCUCUGCCACAUACAGUUGCUGUUGCGUUCACUCCCUGGGCUAAUGGGGGCGCACUACAAACGGUUCUUCUGUGGCUAUGCUGAGCCAGCCUACAUUAAGCAAAGGAAGAUGCAGGUGCUGGUGGAGCUGGUUAAUGAUGAGAAUGUAGCAAUGCUACUGGACGAACUCAGAGGAUACUGCACUGAUGUCAACACUGACACUGCCCAGGCUGCAAUCUCAGCCAUAGGUCGUAUUGGACGGAGCUACAGCGACAGAUGUCUAGAGAUCCUUACUGAACUGCUCGGGCUCAAACAAGAGCACAUCACUUCUGCCGUGGUGCAGACAAUGCGUGAUCUGGUCUGGGUGUGUCCUCAGUGUAGCGACACAGUGUGUUUGGCUGUCGAGGGCUGUGAGGAGACGCUGCAGGAUAACCAGGGCAGACAGGCCUUGCUGUGGUUGCUGGGUGUGUAUGGGGAGCGAGUCUCCAGCGCCCCUUACACAUUGGAGGUGUUCAUUGAUGGAGUGAGGAGCGAGGCCUCUCUGGCAGUCAAGAUGGAGUUGCUGACAGCCACCAUGAGGCUGUUUUUGUGCCGGCCUGCUGAGACACAGGACAUGCUUGGAAGACUGCUGCACUAUUGCAUAGAGGAGGAGACUGACAUGUGUGUACGUGACCAGGCACUUCUCUACUACCGCCUGUUGCAUUGUGGGAUAGAAGAGACAAGAAAGGUCCUCCAUGGUCGGAGGUCAGACCCUUCCCUAGGUGUUCUGAUUGGUCGCCCUGUGGAGUCCAUCAGCCAGUGGGCAUGCAGCUUUAACACUCUAGAGCCUCUCAGGCAGGGCACCAUAGAGACAGAGUCAGCCAGCAGAGGAAGCCCUGAACAUAUGACCUUUGACCCCAAGCCAAACACUGAUCUCUCAGAAACACUGAACUGUAGCCACGAGGAGAGGGUUACUUCAGGCUCAGACAGUGCCAUUCAUCGUGCAGACUCCUCAGCUGAUGUCCUGGCUUCCAGUGUCACAGUCCCCCUCAGUUUGUCCUUCUCCCCAGCUCUCAGCCCAGAGGAGUUUGAGUGCCUGUGGCUGCAGCGACAGGCUUUGCAUGCUGAGCAAGGUCCUGAGAAAAUGAAAGAGGAGGAGGAUUACGUGUGCAUGGAAGAACGUGUCAAAUGUCCUGCGAUACCUCACUGUUCCCCACAAAGCCUUCAGGCUGCGAUGCAGCUGGUCAAUAUCCAGACACUGGCCUUCACGCCGCCGCACACACUCCCCUGGAGGGUCUACCUGUACACACACACCCACCAUGCACGCUCUGCUGACACACCCCACAGCACGCUCAUACUGGGGGAGCUGCUGUACACUGGAGAGGCAAAUCAGAAAGCGGGAGUAAAGAAAGGCACGGGUGACAGAGAAGCGGUGGUGGAGGGCAGAGAAGACAAGCAAAUGACAGAGGAAGCCACAGCUGAUGGCCUGAGUGGAGGAGAGAUGAUGAGAAAAGACAGAGAAGAGGAGGGAGUAAAAGUGACUCUUAAACAGCAACCAAGAGAUGAAAAAGUUCUGAAGGGGUUUCUCUCCAUCCUUAUCACUGUACUGCACACACUCUCCUCAGAGAGAGCUUAAAUAUACGUUACACACACACACACACACAGACACACACACAUCAUUGCUCUUGCUUUACAUCCUUCCAAAGAUGCUCAAUGACAACAGUCAUUCCUUAAUCAUAAAUGUAAAACAGCGU